AUGUGGAGACAUGAAGACUAUGAUAUUGUACACUUUAUAUUGGCUGGAUUGUAUAUAGUGUUGGGUAUACUAUGUCUAUCUAUAUACUUUAAACGACCCAAACAAAAUACUUCAACCAUUCAGAAAAUAUUCUAUCCUUCUUUAUUAUGUGCUGUUACAGUUAGAGCAUUUUUCAUGGCAAUGCAACCAAUUGUAAGAGAAGGAUUAUUACCAUCAUUUCCAAAUCAAGUUAAUGUUAUUUUAAAUAUUGCACCAUCAUUUGUACUUUUCAGUGCUUAUUUAAUUGUAUUAUUUAUUUGGGUGGAGAUGUAUUUAAUUGCUAGUGGAGGAUCUACAAUCAUUCAUAAAUUGCCAUACAUCUUUUAUGUUUUGUCAUUCUUUAUGUACUCUGCUGUGAUUGCACUGUUUAUCGCCGAUUUUGUACUCUAUCCACCACAAUUCAAUGCUAUAUCAUCGUAUAGCAACCCCAUUGAAAAGGCAAUUGGUAUCUAUGACGGCUGCUGUUUUAUUCUCACUAGUUUGGCAUUUCUCUUUUUUGGCUUUAGUAUCAUCUUUAAAUUCAGAUCACAACAAAAGAACUUUACCGAGGAACGUCGAAUGAUCAUUCUUAAAAGAGUGUCGGCUCUCACUGCUCUCAUAGUUGUUUGUUUUGCUGCUCGGGCCUGUAUCACAAUAUUUGCUGCUGUUAAAAUGAAUUUAAUCUCUGGUACAUGGUGGUGGUUUGAUGGAGCAUAUUACUGUGGAUUAGAGAUUGUUCCCAUUUCAAUCAUGUUGUAUCUACUUAAAAUGGGUCAUAGUAAUAAUAGCAAUGGACAUCAUCAUCAUCCAAUCAAUACAAUGGUCAAUAGCUAUAAUCAUAGUCGAAGAUCAAAUGGCAAUGAAUACUCCCCACUUUUAUAUGCCAACAAUGCAUAA